CACGCCCUACAAUUUGCCAACUCUUCGAUCGAUAGCUAGACAAGAUCAAGACACAUAAGAUGAUCCUGCGUGUAGAUCUCUGAGGAGGUUGGAUCUCGUUUCGGCGGAAGAGUACAACUCUACCCCAAGUCCCGGUGAACCCGACCACUCCGGCUGGCCCGCGAGAGGUGGACGACAGCUACGGUAUAAACAUAGACGUCAACUUUCUUCCCCCACCCUCACCCCGCGUGUGUGAGCCAUGGAGAACAGUCCAGUCGUUACAGUCAACAACGGCGAGGACGGGGCAGCGCCGUCCGUGGCGGGCAACCCGAAAACAGUACGUUUCCAGUGCGGACUGCUGCGAGAAACGGAGACGUUUGCCGAGGAGGACUUGCAGGACGUAUCGUUGGCUGCGCUCCUCGAGUACGUGGACGAGAUGCUCAACAUAAAGUUCCCGGAGCACCCGUACGGAGACCUGGGUGAGAAGCUGCUGCUGUUCAGACACACCCCCAACAACUCCCUGGUUCCUCUCAGGGACAAAGAGAACAUCAGAGACGGCGACAUCAUUGAAAUUGUCCUCUCAGCUGAUUCCAAACAAGAAUUCGACGACACUAUAUGUCCCCAUAUUCUGACGGUCAAUACCUACACUGGAGGAAUCUUCUGCGACUAUUGUGGAGAGCUGCUGUUUGGGCUCCUCAAGCAGGGACUCAAGUGUCAAGGAUGUGACAAGAACUUCCACAAGAAAUGUGCCUACCACAUCCCCAACAACUGCACCAGACUCAGGACGGCAGAGGGCAUGGCAAACUCGGUGACCCCGCGACCUCCGCAGCAGGUGUGGAGCGGGCGUCCGCUGUGGAUAGACCGCACCCUCAAGGCACGCCCACAGGUCCCCCACACCUUCUUCAGUCUCACCUGCAAGAAGCCGACGGCCUGUUCUCACUGCAAGAAGAUGCUGAAGGGAGUAUUUCGUCAGGGGCUCAAGUGCAAGGAUUGUAAGAUUGUCAUCCACAAGAGAUGUGCGCGGGAACUUGGGAACAAUUGUCUAGGGGAAGUCCCGUCACUGAGUCGGGUGGACAGCGGCGAGUGGAGUAAUGCGACUCGAGGGGUGAUUGCUAACGAACAUCUUCUGUCGUCUGAGGAGAUCAGUAGUCUGAGUACGGGGAGUGUGGGCGGGGCCAGUGUGGGCAGCGACGGUACGAGAGAGGGGGCGGGGUCUGGGGAGCCGGGGGAGCAGAGGGAGGAGAGCCCCGCCUCGGCCAGACAAGAACAGGAUCACUACGAACCCCCUGUGUCCCCAUCAGACUUCCCUGUGUCCACAAUGGACGCCAUAGCAGAGGAGCCCAGUGGAGAAGACACCACCAGCAACGAAGGCUCAGAGCACAACGUUGCAGAGCCGCACGACUCCUCUGACAACAUAAAGCUCCAGAGAGUGACUGGAGUGUCCUUCAGACACACAAAGGCUCCACCAGCUUCCAUCCUCAAGGAAGGCUGGAUGGUCCACUACACCAACAAGUCCGACAUGAGAAUGAAGUUCUACUGGAGACUGGACACCAAGUGUCUGACUCUGUACAAGUCAGACACUGGCUCGCACUAUCACAGAGAGAUAGCUCUCGCAGACAUGUUGGCCGUCGAUCAGAUGGUGACCCCUGAACUUUACCCUCUGACCCCACCCCACGUGUUUGAGAUAGUUACCUCGGCGAUGACCUACUACGUGGGGGUAGACAUGACGGGGGCACUGUCGUCUGACCUAAAGCCAUCUGGGCCUACUGAUUCGGGUGCCAUCAACCUGCUGGGAGACGUGAGUCACAUGACUCUACCUGAACUGGAGGAUAUGGGGAUGGGACUGAAUGUUGGGGUUCAGUGGGAGGAGGCACUGCACGCUGCCCUCAUGCCGGUCACACCUCAGUGCAGCAUGGGCUCCCUGGCUGAGAUUGGACGAGGUCCUUCUUUCAGGAACAGAAGAGGCUCCAUGAAAGGAUCUCUACGGGGCAGUUUCCAUGGCAACAGAGGCAACUCGUUUCGAGGGGGGUCAAUCAGGGGUCGUCGGGGGUCAAAACGAGGCUCGUUCCGAGUCCCGAAACCUGGAAUGAACCCGGGGAAGGUGUCGCCUAGCAACCUCAUCAAACCUAAAGUGGAGACAAGACUGGAUAUCAGUCUCUUCUACCAGGUAUUUCCCGAGGAGAUCCUGGGAUCUGGUCAGUUUGGAACAGUCUAUGGAGGCCAGAACAGACACACUGCUAAACCAGUGGCAGUGAAGAUCAUCGACAAGCUGCGGUUUCCUCACAAGCACGAGAGCCAGUUGAGAACGGAGGUGACGAUCCUCCAGAACCUCGGUCAUCCCGGGAUCAUCCAUCUGGAGCACAUGUUUGAUACUCCAGAGAGGAUAUAUGUGGUGAUGGAGAAGAUGAAUGGUGACAUGUUGGAGAUGAUCCUCAGUAGCCCCAACAGCAAGCUGGACGAGAGGAUUACAAAGUUCAUGAUCUACCAGAUCCUGACAGCUCUGCAGUACCUCCACAAGAAAGACGUGGUCCACUGUGACCUGAAGCCAGAGAACGUUCUGCUCACCUCAGAGAACGGAAUGCCGCAGACUAAACUCUGCGACUUUGGCUUUGCCAGAAUGAUUGGGGAAAAGUCCUUCAGAAAGUCUAUCGUCGGGACCCCAGCUUACCUUGGUGAGACAGCAGCUAUUCGACAGUGCGCCCUGACACUAUAACAACUGUAUACGGAUACGUACAUCAUCCAUUUAUAAGUCAAUCUAUCUUUCUACCGUAACUCAUUUUUAUUGCAGCUCCUGAGGUGCUAAAGAAUGAAGGCUACAACAGAUCACUGGACCUUUGGUCUGUUGGAGUUAUACUUUACGUCAGGUGAGCAGAUAGCCACGCCUAUCAGCCACACCCACCUCUGAGUGUGUCACUGAUUGACAUUCCCGUGUCAGUGUCAGGUUCCCGUGUUUCCAUUCCACAGUCUGAGUGGCACAUUCCCAUUCAACGAGGACGAGGAAAUCUCAGACCAGAUCCAGAACGCUGCCUUCAUGUACCCACCUGACCCUUGGGGCUCCAUCUCUAAGGAAGCGAUUGAUCUGAUCAACAAGCUGCUGCAAGUGAGCAGAAGAAACAGAUUCAAGACAACGCAGGCCAUGAACCACCACUGGCUCAGGGAUCUCCAGCUAAGAGAGGAUCUCUGCAACCUGGAGGGAGUGCUGGGAAUGAGAUACUUAACCCACGACGCAGAGGACUCAUUCUGGGAGGCCCAGGGUGCCAAGCCACACCCACUAGCCGCCCGAGAAGCUGAGCGGAGAGAAGCUGAACGCAGACCUCCGCCUGUCCACAGCUACCAGAACGUCACCAUCCCAAUCUCGGGGCCCGCCCAACUCAACGGUCCCAGUUCCGUUCCAGGGGAGGGCGUGGCAAAAACAAACGGUACUGGAAAUCUGCAGGGGGUGGGGCUGGUUCCCCCCUCUGGUGGGGAAGACCGUCGCUAUGCCUCCAGUUCGACACUCCGGAGUAGCAACGGGAGUACUCCAACCUCCAGCAGGCGGAGUAUCGUCGAGAUGUCAGACGAAGAGGUAGUGAUGUCAGAGGAACAUGCAAAGAGGGUUGGGUACAAAGUGAGUACUGUUUGAUGACAUCGAAACUGCCAGAAAACUGUGUGUGUGCCUUUUCUUCUGGUGCUAGCCACCGGAUGUGUAGUUUAUUUUUUUAUAAUUCCAGUGUGUAUCCGUCUCCAUUCCAUUCUCCUGUCUCUAUUCCAUGUCAUAUACUUUGUGUACUUGUGUCCGUUGCUAUAGCUUCAUUUGUAGAGCUGUUUAUUAUCAUACACGACCGACAUAAUAUUUUUGUACCAGAAAUAAAUUUUUUUUUGCAACUCAAGAAGUCAUAAAAGCUGUUUUCCUAAAUUAUGAGAGAGACAGUUGGUACGGUGUGGUAUGAGCAUCAUGUGAUAGUCACAUGACUAACCUGAUGAAGUUUCUACAACUCUGCUGAAAUAACGAGGUGGGAGGAGCCCCUGUUCGUUGCCAGGACACAACACAACGUCGUUGGCAGAGAGGAAAAACUUGUACCCAUCUUCAACCACAUACAUACAGGAGGAGGAGAGCAUGAAGAAAAAGGAUUUGGCUCUUAAUUAACCGUGCAUAACAC